CUGAAACCAUCACUCGAAGUGACUUCAAUUGAAAAGAAAAUCCACCCUCAAACUUCAGUUCCAAUCCGAAAUGGCGUAUAUCCUUCUCACCGGCGCGUCCGGCAACCUAGGCGCGGUGAUUCUCGAGCAGCUCCUGAGCGAAGGCCACAAUGUCAAUGCCAUCAUCCGAUCUUUCGCGAAAAACAAGGGUGCUAUCACAAAGAUACACCAGAAAGCAGUGGAUUCCGGCAGACUCAGCUUUACCGAAAUCCCCGAUAUGGCGGCCCCGAAAGCAUUCCACGAAUCGGCGAAGAAUGCAUCCGCAAUCAUCCACGCCGCAACACCCUUGAGCUACGACAACUUCCUCGAAGAAAUCAUCAAGCCUGUUUCUAUCAUCACUAAUAACGUGCUUGAUGCUUCCGCUGCCUCGCCGACUGUCAAGAGACUCAUCAUUACCGGAAGUAUUGUGUCCACGCUCAAACUCCCGGAUGAGCUUUACAGCGGAAAGACUCUCAGCGAAAAGGACUGGAACCCAUUGACUGCGGAGCAAGGGGUCGAGAAUGUAUUCAACGCAUAUGCGUACUCUAAAACAAUUUCAGAACAAGAGGCAUGGGCCUACAUGGAGGAGAAGAAGCCAUCCUUCGAACUUAUCUAUCUCCUGGCGCCGUCUAUCACUGGAAAGAGUACCCAACCUGGUGCGAAGCUCUCCAGGCAGCAGCUUGGAGGUAUCGGAGGGUUCUAUAGAAGCCUUUUCGAUGUGGAAACACUUGGAUGGCAGUUCCCCUACUACAUGGAUGUCGAAGAUGUGGCCGCAAUCCAUUUGAAGUCUCUCUCGCCAUCUGUACCUGGAAACCUUCGCUACCUCUUCCACAGCGAGGGCAUAAUGAACGAGAACACAGUCGCAGACUUCGUCCGAGAAAAGUACCCCGAGUUGAAGAGUCGAGUCCCAGCCGGCGCAGAGAAACUGGUCAUACCGGAGGGAUUGGUCAAGACGGACAUCUCAAGAGCGAACGCCGCUUUCGGUACGGGAUGGAAGAGCUGGCAAGACUCGGUCGUGGAAAUGGUCAAUGAUGUUAUUCGAUUCGAGCGAGAGGGCUUGGUUGACGGGGGAGUACCGAGUGUCGUGCUCCCCAGAUUAGAUGAAUAG